AUGUUUAAUUUUCACAAAUAUGCCCUGACAACCACUCCUUCCUCCAUGGUGGAAUCCACCAAUGGUGAUCAUCAUCAUCAUAAUUGUUAUCAACAACUCAAUGCAGCCUUUGGUGAUAUGUUUCUCAUUCUCAAAACAGAAUUUCGGAAUAAUCAAUGGAUGAGUCUAGUCCAACGUGUGAACAUUUAUGCGCUUCACAAACAUGCCUAUAAAUUAUAUGAUGAGAGGAAUAAACCUACAAAUCCUCCAUUGUUGAGCAGUACGAGUGGAUGGGUGCCUGUCUCGUAUUUGACAACCAUUACACCAGAUCCAUUGAAAUGUAUGCCCAAUAAAUCACUGGAUUUGAGUCGAGCACUGGUUGACAAUGAAGAAGAAAUUGAACAAGCUGAAAAUUAUCAGAAAGAACAUGGAAUUCGAAUGGAUAAUUAUGAAACCUAUUGUAGAGAUGUUUAUGAAUUUGAAUGUUUUGAAAAUGAUGGGAAAAGAAUGGUCAAGCGAUCGCCUCAUCAAUGUCAUGUUCAUUGUUUGGAAGCGAGUAAAUUUGAUGAAUUUAAUAUUACUUUGGAAGAAUUUGAAAGAAAUUCCGAGGAAUGGAAGAAGAAAGCAAGAGAACAGUAUCCUGAAGCAAGAGAUUUGUUUUUUGUGAAAAAUUCAAAACAUCCUGGAUAUUUGCACGGACUUGUGAAAAGUGCAUACAUUUCAGAGACCAUUGUGAAUGCAUUGAAUGCUUUCAGUGAUCGUCCUUGUUUGGGAUUUCGAAGAAAAAUCACACACAACGAUUUUGAGAAUAGACAUCGAUUUUACACGUUUGCUCAACUUUAUGAACGAGUGAUGCGGUUUGGUGUUGGAAUGUUCAACAAUUAUGACAAUGAAAAAUUGAUCAAACAACCAAGACCUUUUUCAGAGGAGGAAGGAAGAGGAUUUGUUGGAAUAUGCUCUGGCAAUAGACCUGAUUUCUUUGUUGCUGAUUGGGCCUGUCUCACUCAAAGUUUUGUAUCCAUAGCUUUACCAAAGGCCAAAGUGGAUUGUUUAUCUGAGGACAUUGUGAAUAUGGAGAGCGUGGACGUGAUGAAGAGCGCAUGUCACGAAAUUAUUUCGAUUGUCAAUAAUUCUCAGAUUCCUCUCAUUGUUUGUAGUAGAGAGCUGAGUGUGAAAUUUUUGAAACUCAUCAAGAAUGGUUUGCUUCCGUCAGUGCAAGCAAUCAUUCAAAUGGAUGAUUUUCUGAUAGAAGAUGGUUUUGAUUCGGCUGCAUAUUGGAAGGCAUAUCAAGACCAUUCUUUAGAAGAUUAUCUGCAAAUGCUGAGAUUGAAUUAUCAGACGAAUUUAAAGGAACUGACCAAAAAAUUCACAACUUUCAAACAAGACACAACAACACCAUACUAUUAUCUCAUGAAAAGUCGAUAUCCAGACUCCAAUUGGAACAUGCACGUAUCAAUUGAAGAUUUGUGUGAUUGGAAUUUGAAAGAUGAAGACUUUGUUCUCUUAAAUUAUAUUUCAGAAAAUGAUUUUAAUUUGGAUUGCAAAGCAAGAAUACUUGCCAAAGAAUUGUCCAUUGAGUUGAAAGAUAUGAUCUCAAUAGAACUCUCAACAUUCAACGAAUAUCCUUCCUUCUCUGACUCACUUCGAUUCAAUGUAAGGACCAAUAAGAAUGUCAAUGAUCUUUGCACCAUCAUCUAUACGUCAGGGUCGACAUCCGCGGAGCCCAAAGGAGCAGUUCUCUCUGAUAAACACUACAAUGAGAACGUCACCAUGUCAAUUUUUCAUUAUCAUCCUCUAGUAUUCAUUUCCUAUGCUCCACUUUCACACAUGACCGAUCGAGUGAAUACUACAGCUUGCAUGAUCAACGGUGGAAGAACUGGAUUCUAUUGUGGAGACAUGGAUCGAGUAUUUGAAGAUUACCAAUCCGUUCAACCAGUAACAGACUCGAAUACUCCCAGAUUUUAUAAUAUACUUUACAGUGAAUAUCAGAGAUUACGAAAUCAGCUUGGAGAAGGUCCAAUAUCACAAGAACAAGAAUCUAUUUAUCAACAGAUUAGAAACAUGUUAGGAGGAAGAAUUAAAUCGCUAGUCACAGGCGGAGCUUCAACUUCUCCCCAAGUCAUACAAUUUCUGAAAGAUUGUUUUAAAUGUCCCGUUUUUAAUGGGUACUCUUCAACAGAGUGUGGAUUUAUUGGAUCUCUAGGAGUGAAUGGAGUGGAUUAUUUGAAUGAAAAAAUCCAAGAAGAAAAUAAGAAGCUUCCUCGGCAUGUCAUGCUAUUGGAUGGAGUAGAAAUUAAACUUGAAAGCGUACCAGAGCUAGGAUAUUUUAUCACCGAUCAACCACAUGCCAGAGGCGAAAUUUGUGUGAAAAGUGGCACCAUUAUUAAGAAUUAUUACAGAGAUAGUGAAAAAACUAAAACGGCCUUUGAUUCUGAAAAUUAUUUUCAAACAGGUGACAUUGGAGAAAUUGAUAAGGAGAAACUAAGUUUGAGAGUGAUCGAUCGAAAGAAGAAUAUUUUCAAAUUAAGUCAAGGAGAAUUUGUAGCUCCAGAAAACUUGGAAAAUUUAUUCAUUUCCAAAUCCAUGUUUGUCGACCAAAUAUUUUUAUAUGGCAACUCUGAAAAAUCAUUUCUUGUGGCAGUUGUAGUUCCUAAAAAUUUACACCUAUUGAAAGAAAUGGCUAUGAACAGACUACAUGAAACAAAUUCCAGUGUUGACGUGCUUGAUCUUUCAAGAAAUGGCGUCAUGUAUCACAUUAUUCAAGAUGAUAUCAAUAAGGUCGCGAGAGAAGCAAAAAUAGAGUCCUAUGAAAUUCCCAAAGCUUUCAUUAUUGAAUUGGAAAAGUUUACACCUGAAAAUGGAAAAAUGACAGCAUCAGACAAGUUAUGCCGACCAGCUCUUGUGAAAUUUUACAAACAAGCUUUGGAAGAAUUAUACUUACAAUUUGAAAGGGCGGAUUUCUCGAAUAUGAAUAACAUAUCGACCAAAGAAGAGCUCCAACAAUUCUUACACGAACUAUUUAAGAGUGGCGGUAUUGUGGACUCCUUAAGCUCCAUUCGUCUUUCAAACAUACUCUCCCAAAAAUUUAAUGUCAACAUUCGAGCAGAUAGAAUUUUACAAGAAUGCAAGAGUCACGAGAAUCCUGCUUCUAAACUUAUGGAAUUAAUUGAAAAAUACAGAAAUAAUGAAGACGGUGAACAAAUAUUUACAUCAUUGCAAGAGAUUGAACAAGAAAUUGAUACACUUGUUAAAGCAAUACCUAAAAUCUCGAACGAGCAAUAUUGGGAUUUGACACAACCCGAAUGUAUCUUGCUCACUGGUGCCACAGGUUUUAUUGGAGUUGGCAUUUGGUGUGAACAAUUAUUAGAAAACAACAUCUCGAGUAUCUAUUGCAUUGUUAGAGGACGUAGUGUUGAAGAGGAAAAACACAGAGUUUUUGAAAAUAUUCGACAUUAUUGUUAUCAUUUGCAAGCAGAACCAUUGGAAACCUUAAAACAGCAAUUUGAAAAGCGAGUACAUUUAUUACUUGGUGACAUUUCUUUAGCAAAUUUUGGACUUGAUGACACGACUUAUGAAACAUUAUCCAGAAAAGUGGAUUCUAUCAUUCAUUGCGCUGCUACUGUGAAUUUUGUAAUGAAUUAUUCUCAAUUGAAACCAACAAAUGUCCAUAGUGUCGUGGAAUGUCUCAAGCUUUGUACACGAGAAAAGAUCAAACCUCUACAUUUUGUCUCUACCAUUAGUGUCAUCCCUUCCUCAAUACUUGAUCAACACAAGGAACAUGAAACACUGGUUCCAGAAGAUUUCAUUCCAUUAAGCUUUAACGUUUUUAAUGAGCUAUCUGAAGGUUAUCCUCAAUCGAAAUAUAUUGCUGAGCAUGUUUUGAAUCACGUCAUUCAAGAAAAGAACUUUCGAUGGAUCAAAAUUUAUCGACCAGGUUUGGUGGUUGGUCAUUCGAUGAACGGUUUUUGUAAUGUUCGAGAAUGGAUUUGUCGAUUGACGUGUGGAUUUGUUCAUUUGGAAGCCAUUCCGUACGAGUAUUCAGAAGGAGGCAUACAAGUGAUACCUGUUGAUACUUGUGCAAAAUGUAUUGUUAAAAUUGCAAAUAAUGGAAGGAAUAGUCGUGAUCAUUAUGAAAGAUUUAUCAUUUAA